AUGGGGCAGACUAUAACGACCCCCCUAAGUUUGACUUUAGACCACUGGACUGAAGUUAGAUCAAGGGCCCAUAAUCUUUCAGUAGAAAUUAAGAAAGGACCUUGGCAGACUUUUUGCAUCUCCGAGUGGCCAGCUUUUGAUGUAGGAUGGCCACCGGAGGGGACUUUUGAUUUGACUCGUAUUUUUGAAGUUAAAGCCAUUGUCUUUCAGAAUGGACCUGGGUCCCACCCAGAUCAACAGCCUUACAUUACUGUUUGGCAGGACCUCGUCCAGAAUCCUCCACCUUGGAUCAAACCAUGGAUUCUCCAGCAUAGGUCAGGCUCCUGAGCCCUGACUCUACGAGAAGCAAAAAUGAAACCACAGGCUCCACCUGAAACGCAGCCUCCUUUUCAACCCACAGCUCCCCCCAAGAUCUAUCCUGAGAUUGAAGGGCCUCAGUGGCCAGAGUCCCCUUCCCCUCCUCCCUAUCCUCUGCCUCCGCAGGUCCCUGUGCCAGGCUCUGGGAUUGCUGCCAGUGCGGUCAGAGGGCCAGCAGCGGGGACCCAGAGCCGACGAGCCCAGAGUCCCCCAGCAGAUAGAGUUCCUGACACUACUUCUGCUUUUCCUUUACAGGCUGUGGGUGACCUGCCCACAGACCUGCAGUCUCUUCAGACCCUCCAAUAUUGGCCUUUUUCAUCAGCUGAUCUGUAUAAUUGGAAAACUAACCAUGCCUCCUUUUCUGAGAAUCCGACCAGCCUUAUGGGGCUGGUAGAGUCUCUCAUGUUUUCUCAUCAACCCACUUGGGGUGAUUGUCAGCAACUCCUCCAGGUUCUGUUUACUACUGAAGAAGAGCGCAUUCUCCUGGAGGCUCGGAAAAAUGUUCCUGGAGUGAAUGGAGCCCCAACCAACCUACCUAAUGAGAUUAAUGCUGGGUUCCCUCUGGAUCGACCAGAUUGGAACUACAACAGAGCUCAAGGUAGGGAGAGACUGGCAGUUUACUGCCGGGCUCUGGUCGCAGGUCUAAAGGGAGCGGCGAGAUGCCCCACCAAUUUGGCUAAGGUAAGGGAAGUGAUGCAGGGCCCUACCGAGCCCCCAUCUGUUUUUCUGGAAAGAUUGAUGGAAGCUUAUAGAUGCUAUACUCCUUUUGACCCGAUCUCUGAGAGCCAACAAGCUGCAGUUGCAAUGGCUUUUAUAGGACAAUCAGCAUUAGAUAUUAAAAGAAAGUUAAAGAGACUAGAAGGAUUACAUGCCACGGCUUUACAGGAUUUUGUUAAGGAGGCAGAGAAGGUGUAUCAUAAGAGAGAAACAGAGGAAGAGAAGAGAGAGAGGGAAAAGCGAGAAGAAGAAGAGGGAGAGAAACAAAGGGAAAGAAGACAGGAGAGGAAUUUAAGCAGGAUUUUGGCCACAGUAGUAGGGGAACGUGAAGGAAGGAAUAGGCCAGAGAAUAGACAGACAGGGUACCUGGGCAACAAGGAACCCAGACCUGGAGGAAGAAGAUCUGUCCAUAAGAUUUUAGAGAAGGACCAAUGUGCCUAUUGCAAGGAAAGAGGACAUUGGGCACAGGAAUGCCCAAAGAAGAAGGGAAGGGCCCCUAAGGUCCUGACUCUGAAAGAUGAUGAAUAGGGGAGACGGGGCUCGGACCCCCUCCCCGAGCCUAGGGUAACCCUGAUGGUGGAGGGGACCCCCAUGGACUUUUUAAUUGAUACAGGGGCAGAGCAUUCUGUGAUGAAACAUCCACUGGGAAAAUUAAAAAAUAAAAAAAACAUAGUGAUUGGAGCCACUGGUCAGAAACAAUACCCCUGGACCACUGCACGCACUGUAAAUCUGGGGAAAGGCCAAGUGAGUCAUUCCUUCUUGGUCAUUCCUGAGUGUCCCACACUGCUUCUAGGAAGAGAUCUUCUGACUAAAUUAAAGGCCCAGAUCAGAUUUACCCAAGAAGGGCUGAGAGUAUGUUGGGAAUCUCCCACCUCCAUAGUCUUAGCCCUGCAGCUUGAGGAAGAAUACCGAUUGCAUGAAGGCAUAAAGCAAACGGAGGUGCCAGACCUAAAAGACUGGUUGACUGCUUUCCCUAGAGCAUGGGCAGAGACUGGAGGCAUGAAAAUGGCUGUCAGAGUUCCCCCUGUGGUUGUGGGACUGAAGACAGAUGCAACUCCUAUAGGAGUGCGCCAAUACCCAAUGAGCCGUGAAGCAAGAGAUGGAAUCAGGCCACAUAUUCAGAGACUAUUACAAUUAGGUAUUUUGGUACCUUGCCAGUCACCCUGGAAUACUCCUUUACUGCCGGUAAAGAAACCUGGCACGAGUGACUACUGACCAGUCCAAGACCUGAGAGAGGUCAAUAAGAGGGUUCAAGAUAUUCACCCAACUGUUCCUAAUCCCUAUAACCUCCUCAGCUCACUCCCUCCAGAGCGAAAAUGGUACACAGUACUUAAUUUAAAAGAUGCUUUCUUUUGCCUGAAGUCACAUCCCUCCAGCCAGCCCAUAUUCGCCUUUGAGUGGAGAGAUCCUGACACUGGACAAACGGGACAAUUGACCUGGACACGGUUACCCCAGGGGUUCAAAAACUCCCCCACCCUUUUUGAUGAGGCUCUACAUUGAGAUUUAGCCUCCCUCUGAACUGAAACUCUGCUUCAAUAUGUUGAUGACUUGCAUCUUGCUGCAACCACGGAGAGAGAAUGCUGGCAGGGGACCAAGAGAUUGCUAGCAGAACUGGGUGAGUUGGGUUACCGGGCUUCUGCUAAAAAAGCCCAGCUAUGUCAGAUGGAAGUAGUCUACUUGGGAUAUACCCUCUGGGAUGGAAAACAGUGGCUGACAGAGGCUAGAAAAAGGACUGUGACUCAAAUACCAACACCGGUUACUCCAAGGCAGGUGAGAGAAUUCUUGGGCACCGCUGGGUUCUGCAGACUUUGGAUACCUGGGUUUGCAACACUGGCCUCCCCCCUGUACUCCCUGACCAAGGAAAGUGGAGAAUUUAGAUGGACAUCAGAACAUCAGAAAACCUUUGAAAAUAUUAAGGAGGCCCUGCAGACUGCGCCAGCCUUGGCACUGCCAGAUCUAACCAAGCCCUUCAUCCUCUAUGUUGAUGAGAGGGCAGGGGUGGCCAGAGGAGUUCUUACUCAGGCUCUAGGGCCGUGGAAGAGGCCAGUGGCAUAUUUGUCUAAGAAGCUAGACCCAGUGGCCAGCGGAUGGCCCACAUGUUUAAAGGCCAUUGCUGCAGUAGCCCUACUCAUUAAGGAUGCUGACAAAUUAACUCUGGGACAGCAAAUAACUGUGGUAGCCCCCCACUCUCUUGAAAGCAUUAUCCGUCAGCCCCCAGACCGUGUGACAAAUGCCCGGAUGACUCAUUACCAGAGUCUGCUGCUGACUGAAUGGGUCGUGUUUGCCCUCCCGCCCCCCGCUAUUCUCAACCCUGCCACCUUCCUUCUUGAAACAGAUGAUUCCUCACCCAUUCACUGCUGUGCAGACAUCCUUGUGGAGGAAAUUGGGAUCCGAAGUGAUCUACGUGACCAGCCGUGGCCAGGUGUUCCAAACUGGUACACAGACGGAAGCAGUUUCCUAGUAGAAGGUAAGAGGAUGGCAGGGGCAGCGGUGGUAGAUGGUAAGUGAGUCAUGUGGGCUGGCAGCCUGCCAGAAGGUAUGUCAGCUCAAAAAGCUGAAUUAAUUGCCGUGACCCAGGCCCUUCGGAUGGCUGAGGGGCAGUCCAUCAACAUUUACACCGAUAGCAGGUAUGCUUUUGCUACAGCCCACGUCCAUGGUGCCAUCUAUAGACAAAGAGGGUUGCUGACAUCAGCAGGCAAGGACAUAAAAAAUAAAGAGGAGAUUUUGAGCCUCCUUGAGGCUAGUCAUCUGCCUGCCAAAGUGGCCACUAUACAUUUUCCUGGACAUCAAAAAGGACACGAUGCUGUGACAAGGGGAAAUAAUAUGGCUGAUGUUAAAGCUAAACAGGCUGCACUCGGCCCUAAGAUUCUGCCCUUCAGGACUCAACAGAUAGAACCGUUCCAGAAAUAUACACCUGAAGAUAUAAAAUUAAUGGACAAUUUAGGGUUUACUGCAAAAAAUUCACAGGGCCAACGAGCAGCCAGUAAUGUUAAAAUAAUAUUACCACAAAAAGAAGGGAAGAGAUUUAUUGAAAAUAUACAUCGGUUGUCCAACCUGGGAGUCAAACACCUGCAAACACUGGUUAAAGCAUCUGCUUUUUAUGUUUUAAGACUCUCUGAUGUUGCAGAAGCAGUAGUUAAGAACUGUGUACCGUGUGCCAUGACUAAUGCAGGACAUUCGAGAUAUCCCCCAGGGAGAAGACUACAAGGCGAUCACCCUGGAGCCUAUUGGGAAGUAGAUUUUACUGAAGUAAAGCCAGCUAAGUAUGGUAAUAAAUAUCUUUUAGUUUUUAUAGAUAACUUUUCAGGAAGGGUGGAGGCCUACCCAACAAAAAAAGAAACAGCCAAUGUUGUGGUUAAGAAAAUCCUAGAAGAAAUUUUUCCACGGUUUGGAAUACCUAAGGUAAUAGGGUCUGAUAAUGGACCCACCUUUGUUGCCCAGGUAAGUCAGGGACUGGCCAUCCAACUGGGGAUUGAUUGGAAAUUACAUUGUGCUUAUAGACCCCAGAGUUCAGGACAGGUAGAAAGGAUGAAUAGAACCCUAAAAGAAACCUUGACUAAAUUGACAAUAGAGAUGGGCAGGAAUGACUGGACAGCCCUCCUUCCCUUUGCUUUGUUCCGUGUUAGGAACACACCAGGAAAAUUUAAGCUUACUCCAUAUGAAAUUCUGUACGGGGGACCUCCCCCGCUCACUGAAGUAGGGAGAGUGCCAGAUUUUCUAGAAUUUAACCCUGGUUCUUCAUUGUUUACACGCAUGAAAGCCCUAGAAGUGGUCAGAAACACUGCCUGGGAGCAGCUCAAGGAGGCCUAUGAACCAGGAGAUUUGAUGGUAUCUCACCAGUUCCAGGUGGGAGAUACAGUUCUUGUCAGACGACAUCGAGCUGGCAAUCUAGAACCUCGGUGGAAAGGCCCUUACAUUGUACUACUGACCACCCCCACUGCUGUCAAAGUAGAAGGCAUCUCUGCUUGGAUUCACGCCUCUCACGUAAAGCGAGCUCCUGGAGAACUUCAAGAUGAAUGGGAAUUGGAAAGGACUGAUAAUCCUCUUAAGUUAUGCCUAUUUCGUCGGCGCCAUCCUGAAAGAGAAGAGUGA